AUGAAUGCUACAUCAGCAACAACAGCAGCAACAACAACAAAGUUUAUCAAAUGUGUGACAGUUGGAGAUGGAGCUGUUGGAAAGACAUGUCUUCUCAUCUCUUACACUAGCAACACCUUCCCUACUGAUUAUGUUCCUACUGUUUUUGAUAACUUCAGUGCCAAUGUUAUGGUUGACGGACAGACUGUAAAUCUAGGUCUUUGGGACACUGCUGGUCAAGAAGACUACAACAGGCUGAGGCCUCUAAGCUACAGAGGAGCUGAUGUUUUCAUUCUUGCCUUUUCCCUCAUAAGUAGGCCAAGCUAUGAGAACAUAUCAAAAAAAUGGGUCCCUGAGCUGAGACAUUAUGCCCCAUCAGUGCCCAUUGUCCUUGUGGGGACUAAACUAGGUGGUGUAUUCUUCCCUCUAUUGAUUUAUUACUUAUUUGAAUGGUUGUUGCCUGGACCCUGCUUUGCUAUUAAUCAAACAAAGCUUACAUGUGCAUAUAGCAUAUCUCAAGUGAUAAUGUACAGAGACAGUCAUUUACCCUAUCAUGUUUGUGUAGCAUUGUAUUUGGUGCCUUCAAAGCGUUUGGUCUUGAAAGUAUAUUGUGAUCUACAUGUAAUGAGAUCUGAGAGAAGACAGUCAGUUUCUCUUGGAUUAUCCUGGGGCUUGUACCAUUUCUACAGAGCAGGGUCUAGAACUAAAGAAGCAAAUAGGAGCAUUGACCUACGUAGAAUGCAGCUCAAAGACGCAGCAGGGCCUUUUGAGGGAAGCACAGUAAGGAAUUUUAGCUGGGAGCUUGUUGAGAAUGUGAAGGCUGUCUUUGAUGCUGCUAUCAAGGCUGUUCUCCAGCCUCCAAAGCUCAAGAAACACAAUAGAAAACAUAGGGUCUGCCAUAUUCUUUAA